CCCCGAACUGACCGCGUUUUAGGCGCUGUUACUCUUUACCUGCCGCAGCUGGAUGUUUGAGUAUUUUGCUCGCGGUUCUGACAGUUUAGUUGUGCCUCUACGGACACGAACAUGUCUCGGGUCCAGAAGAUGCGGAUGUUCGUCAGCCAGCGCGUGAACGCUGCGGUCGAGGAGAUUCUCGCUGCUUUUGAAGAAGUUGUAGAGAAAUAUGAGGAAGAGGCGGCUCUGAGUCGGGAGGUGAUCUCGCGUCAGCACGCGCUGCUGUGCUCGGUCAAUAAGUCGGAGAUGGUCCCACCUUUAACAGACACGUUCACACAGCAGCUUCUGCUGAAAAAAGAACAGGCCACUCUAAGCCAGAAAGACCAGAGUCCGGAUCAGAACAUGGUUCCAGAGCCUUCGUUUGCUGAAGGAGAGGAGCAGCCCCUGCAUCUGGACGAAGCCGAGAUCAUCGAGUUCACCUACGAUUCCAGACUGGCCGCAAAGCCUGGGGAGGGCCUCCCGCUGUCAGCAGAACCAGAAGGUCCACAUAUAGACGUUUCACUGGUGCUGUCGUCCGAGACUGAAGACAGCGAGGACUACGGCAAAGCCCCCGCCGACCCCCGACCCGCUCCGGCCGGGAGACAGAGCGGCCUCAGGUGCAGGGCAUGCAGCCGGACCUUUACGGCUCCCAGGUUUUUGUUCAGGCACGUCACCAGUCACCUGCGGGAGGCCAGGCCGCUCUGCGGUCUGUGCGGGGAGGAGUUCCAGGCCGCCGAGGGCCUGUCGCUCCACCUCCAGACCCACCGCAGCAAGAGGAAGCGGCAGGUGGAGGCCCGCACGCAGAGCAGGGAGAGGAGGCUCCGGCAGCGCCCCCACCUCAACACCAACACCCAGCUCCCCGAGGCGGAGGACCCCGACACCUGCAAAGACUGCGGCAAGACUCCCCUCAAAAGGGGGCACACGUGCCAGGCUGGGGGGAUGAACGAGGACAAGAAGAAACCGGGGAGGCCGAGAAAAAAGAAGAGGCAGUCUUGAAGACCAAGUUUGUUUCUGAAACGUUUCACCCACAGUUCGUUUUAAAACAGAAUUUUUUAGAUGUUUUUUAUUUUUAUAAAGAAAGUCCUUUUACACCUCUAAGUUUUUUUUAUAUUUACAGUGGCCUACGCUUGACAAUGGUGUUUUUGGCACUUUUGAACUGGGCAUGUUACGGUUUACUAGUUACAGUUUUAAAGUGAACUGGACUCUUGUAGCAGAAA